CCGACAAGCAAGUCCAAACAAAGCGGCAUGAGCCUACAAAUCACUUCAAAUUCAUCCAGCCAAGUAAGUCCAGAAAUCGAUAGCGUCUUUAGCUUGAUCGAGGAACCUCCCAAUUGUGCCUUGGAGUGCCCCGUCAUGCCGGACGUCAAGAUAUCCCACGUGGUGUCCUUUUCAUCCGAAGAUCCCGUGUACAAAGCCGACAACUUGCUCUUGAACGAUGGCAAGAAGAAAUGGCGCAGCAAAGCCCAAGGUGAGAAGCAAGUGUCCGCCAUUCUUCAAUUGGAAAAGGCCACCACCAUCGACCACAUUGACCUGGGCAACAAUGGCUCGGCCUUCAUCGAGGUCCAAGUGGCUCGAUCUCAAGAUUGUCCCGACGAGAAAGGCUACAAGACCUUGCUCGUGGCCUCAUCCUUCAUGUCGCCCUUGGAGAGCCGGAACGAGCAGAAUCAGAAUCGGGUUCGGAUGUUUGGUAAAGAGACCCUCAAUCAGGAGUUGAUCAAGGAGAAAUGGGACCGGGUCAAGAUCGUCUGCUCCCAACCUUUCAACAAGCACGUCAAGUAUGGAGUUUCCUUCGUUACGUUGAAAACAAUUGCCAAGCCAACUAACGGGUCCGAAAUGCCCUAAACGGGCAUCAAACUGGGAGCCUUUGUCUUGAAAGACGAACCUAGUGAGGAUGUGAGUCUAUCGGUGGGCAACUGGUUCAAUCAGAAGAAGGAUGAGACCCGACGGACCUCGAUGGCUGAGGAGAUGAAGUCGGAGAAAACGUUAGCUUCUCUGGCCUUGGCUAGUUCCAAAGCGGAGAAGGACGGCAUAAAAGGGGCUGCCAUCAGACCUGGUUUCUAUCAACUCAAAGACCAGCCCAAAGCUCUUACAAAGACGCCCACCCCUGACCGAGGGUCAGUUCCCAAGAACUUGCCGAGGCGAGAUACCCUUCCGGGUGAGAGUCCCACGCGGCCGGCGAGUAAAGAGCAAAAGAAGCGAAAGAACGCUGAAGGCCGUACUCCUGGAGCCUCGGGGAGGGACACUAAAAAGGCCAAGAUAGAGCACACCCCACCGGCAUCCACUCGAACGAAAGUGUUCAGCAAACUAUUUGAGGGCGUGAUUUUCACGAUAUCAGGCUAUCAGAACCCAUUACGAGGUGAACUACGACAAAAAGCCCUGGAUAUGGGGGCCAAGUACCGACCUGAUUGGUCUCGGGAUUGUUCCCACCUUAUUUGCGCCUUUGCAAACACGCCAAAGUUCAAUCAAGUCAAGGGAAAACGCGGGAAGAUCGUCAAGAAGGAUUGGCUUGAACAAAGUCACCGAGACAGGAAACGUUACCCUUGGCGAAGAUUUUGCUUGGACCCCAAAGACAAAGGGAGUGAGAGUGAGGCCGAGAUUUGGGAUGAAGACUUGCUCCCCACGAGCUCCAAGGCUCUGGUCGAAAACUCCGAUCCGGACACAGAUGAGGAGGUUGAGCGCAUUAGAAGUCGAAGAAGAAGUAAGACACCCAUUCUCAAGUCCCCAGGCACCGAUGAAGAGAUUGAAAGUAUUAAGAAAGAACAAGUUCCUGAUAAGACGCCAAAUUCGAGCCUCGUGUUGACUGAUCCCUAUGAUCAAGACACGGAUGAAGAGAUGCCACAAAAUGGACAUGGGUCUCAUCCUGAUGAUUCUGAUGAAGCCUAUAAUGCCGAGACUGACGUCGACGAAGAAAGAGAAGAACCUGAUUCCAAUGAAACCUAUCCAACACUGCCAGAUUUUUGGGCAGGGCAAGGUUUCUUUUUCUACGGCCCUUUUGCCCCGGAGGAAAAGCGAUUGUUGAACCGCAAAAUUGUGGCCGCAGGAGGUACGACUCAUCCUUACAUGGGUCCUCGGGUGAAUUUUGUCGUCACCAAAUCCAAAUGGAGCCCAGAUUUCAGUGACGCCUUGAGAGAUCAUCCGGGUCUCAAAUUCGUCAGAGCAGAUUUUGUCCAUGAAUGUUGGGCAGCCAAGUCAUUGAUCAACCAUGAUGAAUUUGUUGUUCAAAGGCGAUGAAACACGCCUCAAAUAAUGCGUUCCAAUGUCCUUGUCCAUUUACUUUCGUAUUACCCUUCCGGUUCCAAUCAGAAAAGUUCCUUUCGAAUGUC